UUCGCACGUGCCUUCCUCAUCAGUACCGCGCGCCUCGCCCUCCGCGCACCUUUCUCUCAAGCCCGAGCAUUUUGGUAAGUGAAACCGUGGGUUAACUGGGCCAGUUUAUCCCGCGCUGUGGUUUCCAGUCCGGACUGGACAUCUAGAACGCUGCGCUACAGGAAGCAGAGUUGGAAAAUAAAAGGAUGGCCGCAGACAGCUAUUUGAGGACACGCUAACGACCAUUUGACCUGUUUUAAGACUGGACACGCACUUUCUAAACACCCUGACACUGAGCACAGUUUGGCCAAAAUGAGUUCGGAGGCACACGACGUGUGUCACAACGCAACGCACCUGGACCCCGCCAACAGCAAGGUGCCCAGCGCCAUCAUGUUCUCCCUGGGCAUCCUGGGCAACGUGGCCGCCCUGGUGAUCCUGGAGAUCCAGCGGUGCAGAUCCGCCAGGAGCGGGGGCCCGCCGCGGCGGGCUGUGUUCCACGUCCUCAUCAAAGCGCUGAUGAUCACGGACCUGGUCGGAACCUGCGUGACGAGCCCGCUGGUGCAGAUGUCGUAUCUGCGCAACACGACCUUGGUGGGGAUGUCGCCUGCCAAUCAAAGCGUGUGCCUGUACUUUGGCAUUACCAUGACCUUCCUUACUCUGGACACGCUGUCGCUGUUGUUGAUCAUGGCGCUGGAGAGGUGUUUCGCCAUCGGAUAUCCCUACCUGUACAGCCGCUUCGUCACCAACAAAUGUGCCUAUAUCACAAUCCCUUUGGUUUUUUUGUUAUGUUUUAUAUUCUGUCUUCUCCCCUUUGCGGGGUUUGGAAAAUACGUUCAGUACUGUCCUGGCACGUGGUGCUUCAUCGACAUGAACCCAGAGGGACUGGAGGACCGGGCCUACGCAGAACUCUACGCCACGGUCCUGCUCCUGCUGGUGCUGGCCGUUGUGGCGUGCAACUGUUUCGUGGUGUAUCACCUAUUCAAGAUGUACCAGCGCCGCAAGAGGAACGGCUCAGUGACGGCAACCACCAGGGCCAAGCAUGAGCGCAGGGCGGCGUCCAUGGCCGAGGAGGUGGAAUAUCUCAUCCUGCUGGUCAUCAUGACCAUCAUCUUUAUCUCCUGCACGCUCCCCCUGGUGAUUCGGGUGUUCGUCAACUCCAUACAGCAUAAGGAAAAAACCACUAAAGAGUCCCACAUCUCGGACAAAAACGCCCUCCUGUAUAUCUCGAUCAACUCCAUCAUUGACCCCUGGGUCUUCGUCCUCCUGUCCCCGAGCAUGCUGCACUUCUGCUGGGCAUCGGUUUGCCGCGGCUCGCUGCAAACCACCAGGAGUUACGUCAUCAAAUCCACAGUGAUUAAAGGGAAUUCUCACGCUGAUGUAGAAGCGUCUCGCCCAACGUUGGACUACAAUGAAGAAGUUCAGUCUGUUGAAAAAGUAUGACUGUAAAAUACUGCAUAACUUGACAGACAUUUAUUUCCCACCCAGUCCCAUGAAGUGGACAAGGACUGGGGUCUGAACCUCUCCCAUGAGUGUGGGUCUACACCUGCCUCUUCACCACUUCAGCUACGUUCAUGCAGCUGGAAUGCAAACGUAGAGCUUUACGUUUUGGGAAUAUAGUUCCCACAUUUGGCCUCUGUUGCUGCUGAUGGUAUAGAAACAAGACUUUGUGACACACGUCUCCUGCUGGGAUUACAUAAUACAUAAAGACGUUUCCUCCACAGGACGACGGCGGCCAGAAAUUUGAAUGACCUUAAAGAAUCUCUCAGUGUAAACUGAAAUGAAAUAGGAACAGAGAUGAGGGCAACUGCUUGUGUACAGUAAACUAUUAGAGGAAAAAGCACGAGCAGGAAAUAGACACUAUAGACAGGAAAUGUAUGUACAAUUAAAAAAAGGCUGGAAAUAUUAAGUAUUACUUAUCUUAAUAUCUAUAACAUGAGGUGUCAGCAGGAAAUCCCAAUCUUAUAGCACCUCCGACUUGACAACCCAUGACAUUAACGUCUGCUCCUUUCUGUAAAUGCUUCAUUUCUACUGAUGUCAGAAUGUUGUGGAAAACGUCAGGCUGCAAAGAACUCAGGAAAGGUUGAUAAACACAAAAAAGGUAAAACUGACGACUCCCUUAUUUAUACAUCGGUCUAUAUUUGUGUACUCAUAUAUUAUUGUAUAAUGAUAUUUAGAAUAUUUUAAAAACGCAAAGUUAAUUCAUAUGACGCUGGCUUUAAAGGUAUGGCUGAAGUUGUAAUAAAUAAAUGACAGAAUAUAGUAAUAAUAACAGGUAAUUUAACUGUUUAAAACCACUACCUCCAUCAAAAAAAUAUCAGCUUUAACCUAUAUCAGGUUGUGACAUAUAUUAAUGCAUUAUUCUAAAGCUGCCCUGCAGAUGUAGCAGAUGAAGCCACUGGCGGUUGCGUCGACAGUAAAUCACGCUGUAUAAACAAAUUGUAUAUACAAAUGACCCCACUAGUGGUCGGACCUUUAAAGUUAUACCUUUUUAAAAAUUGCUGUUAAAAAUUGAAGUAUUGGUCAUUUAGAAAUAUUACAUUAACAUUUCAAUUAUCACUGUUGGUUACCAGUUUAUUACACACACUCAACUAAUCACACUUCACUUUAUAAGGUUAGCUAUGUUUACCUUAUAUCCUGGCAACUGAGUGUAUUUUGUCUGCUACCCAGGUAUCGCUGUUUG